ACAAAACCGACCAAGACAGGACGCUGACAACCUCAAAUACAUGUGUUGGCUCUACUAGCGAGGUGAUAGAGAUCCUGGUUCGACUCUCACUUGAUUUCACACUACUGUACUACAUAAACAAAGUCAAGAUAAUGGCUAAAUCAAUUACAUCAUUAAAAGUCGAUAUGGACAAAUAUCAUGAGAGUUUUCAAGUCAUGAUGAAGUAUGGCUUACAAUCAAGAGAAAAUGGAUAUGCAGAUGAUGCUCGAGACCUUGUAACAAAACUGCAUUUUGAUUCUUCCAGAGAACUGCGCGUACUUUCUAUUGGUUCGGGGAAUGGAAACGUUGAUCAACACUUCAAUGCAUUGGUGGGGAAAUAUAGCAAAAUAUAUUACUGUGUUAUCGAACCUGUAGAGAAACCUGUACAAGAAUUUAAAACUCUUGUGAAAUCCAACCGAUGGGAUAAUGUAACAUUCGAUUUUCGUUUACAAGGAAUUAAUCCCUAUUUGGAUAAGGGCGGCAAAACUGAUAAAUAUGACUUCAUACAUGCAUGUAAUUCAGUGUAUGAGUUCAGAGACCCGGGGCAAGAUGUACCUGAUUUGUACAACAUGGUGAAUACCGGUGGAUUACUUUUCUUAAGAACUUCUUCUGGUGGCUGGGAACAAUGCAGGGCAAACCUCUCAAAAUGUUAUACAAAGUAUGGCGAAUCCACGGUUUUUCCCGGGGCAGGAAUGGUGAAAGAUAUUUUGACUAAAGUAGUACCGAAUCCAUCGAUGGAAAGCUUGCACCGCUCUGUACUAAUGACUAUCACCGAAUGCUUCAACGAAAAGUCCGAAGACGGUAAUAAACUAUUGGACUUUAUUCAUCAGGUCCUGAAUUUUCGGAGUUCAGUGCCGGUAGAUGAUAUUCCAAACUUGCUGAAAUAUCUACGAGAUGAAUGUUGUGAAAUUGUAGGCGAGGACAUUAUGCUUGAUGCAGGGGAGGACGACAUCUUAGUUCGGAAAGAAUGAUGACGAUUGUACAUCAAACGAUUUGUUUUAUCCUAGAUGUAUUCUAGUUAUUUUCAUUUUUAAAAUAGUUUGUAAAUUCUGACAUGUUCUACACCAAUAACACGAAUUAUGUACCUAAUUAUAUUUUAGCGACGACAUGAUUGAUGUCAAAAUUACGUAACUUUUGUGCAGUUUAGUAUAUAACCCUUUUAAAACAUUAUCUAAUAUUGACGUUUUGAAAAGGCUUAUUUUACCAACAAAGCCGAUAUUAACAAUUAAUUUUGAUAACGAAGUGAUUUCUGAGCUGAGAUUACAGUGUUUCAUGUAGUUAAGUUCGGCGUCACAAGAUUUCUUUGAUAUUUAAUUGGUCAAAAAAAAUUAUUUUAGUCGCCACAAAUACAUUAUGGCUGUAUAUGAUGCUACUUACUUUGUUAAGAUCAAAUUGUGCUCCAUGGAAGAUUUAUUCAUUUGAAAUGGGAUUUUGAACACGACAAACGAAGCCAAACCCUUCAAUUUCACAUUCAAAUAUAUUGGUGAUGUACUUUCGAUCAUAAAACUUAACCUUAAAGAGUAUAUUGCACUGAUAUAUCCAGUUCAACUUGAUGUAGUUUAACUUAAGGAGGCGACAGAAUCUGCUUCUGCUGAUUUAUACUUAGAUACAUACUAUGAUUCUAUGGCCCAGUUUACCACCAGUUUAUAUGAUAUGAGGUUUUAUUUUUACUAUCAUCAUAAUUCCACACCUUCACAGCAAUAUCUUACGAGGAAUACAUCUCCCAAAUUUGUAGAACACGACUAGCCAUAUCACUUAAAAGAUGAGCUUGUGGUUAAAUGCAGUAACACUAUUUCACAAAUAAUCUCAGAUUGCUAGAAUGUUACAAUUCAGACUACAAAUCUAUAACUGAAACCAUUGCAUUAUAAAGCAACAAAAUAUAUGGCGGGAAUAUACAUGCCACAUGUAAAGAAGGAUGUGCCCACUUUUUUUUAAAAUACAUGAAAUCCAU